ACAAGAAACUCGACUUCGAUCCUAUCUUGCCUGACACUGGAGUGUUGUUCUACGAAGAAUGCCCAUCGGAGUACGAGAUUGAGCGUCCGAGACUAUUGCCUUUGAAGAAUACGACGCAGUUGCGUUUCGAACAGUUGCAGCACGAAGCUUCGCGAGUGUGGAGAGAAAGGCAGAAAACUACCAGUAAACCCGCUAAAACUUAAUUGGUGAAUACAAAUUGAGGGACACAGGAUGGCUCUCACAUUAUUUGUUAUUGAGAUCAUAUCAGCGUUCGUCUUGGCGGCGACAUUGCUAUACCGUUAUGGAGAUUGCUACAGGAACCACAUAAUAGUGACUGUGUCUGUGCUAACAGCAUGGUAUUUCUCAUUUGUUAUUAUGUUUGUCCUGCCUUUGGAUGUAACUUCGACGGUAUAUCGCCAAUGUCAAAAUGCAACCCUGUCAGCGACAGCUAAUGACUCUACACCACUCACACCGCUAGGUCCAAAAUGCCAGCAACCUGCUGUUUUCAUACCAGAUGAGAUUUUGAGGAACCUAUGGAGAGUGCUUUACUGGACCUCACAGUGUCUUACGUGGCUCAUAAUGCCCAUGAUGCAAUCAUACAGCAAAGCAGGAGACUUCACUGUCAAAGGCAAACUCAAAUCUGCUCUUGUUGACAAUGCAAUUUACUACGGUUCAUACUUGUUAAUAUGUGGCAUACUGCUCAUAUACCUUGCUUUGAAACCUGGAAUACCCUUUGACAGUUCGCAAAUAAAAGCUAUUGCUUCCUCAGCAUCUAAUACGUGGGGUCUUUUCCUACUGAUUCUACUACUUGGAUAUGCAUUGGUCGAGGUACCAAGGAACAAUUGGAAUAAUUCAAAGAAGAAUUAUACUUUGACUUAUAGUUACUUCAAAAUUGCGAAGUUGAGCACUGACAAAUGUGAAGCUGAAGAAACUGUUGAUGAUAUUUUGGAAAGUCUAAAUGCAGUGACAGCUGCCGUAGGCCCUGGCCAUUCGCUUCAUCGGCACGUAGAGACGAUAGUGCAGAAAUUGCCUGUGCAGUUGCGAGACCGAUUGAACUCCCGUGCACCACCAGAAAGGCCAACCUCACCCUCCAUGAAGUCUCUUGUAAAUUUACAUAAAAAGACAAUUAAAGCCCUUCACGUGCUACAAAGAACAGAAACGCAAUGGGGCCUAAUGCUGGAGCGAAUAUUUCACCUCGAGGAUAUUGCAUCGAACCUGCGUUCGCCCGACAGACGCUUCCAGCACACCUUCCAUACUCCAAGACCAAGGUUACAGAGGAUAUUGUACCCUCCUAUUGUUGAAUGGUACUGGGAGUGUUUCAUGAAGCAGUAUUUCCUGAAAGCACUGGCUGUAGUCACGGGAAUUUUGUCCAUUAUGGUGGUGUGGUCCGAGAUGACAUUCUUCAGCAAGAAACCAGUGCUCUCCUUUUUUGCUAUGAUCGUCAUUGCCGCUGGAGAGAGUUAUAACUAUGCUGCUAUUGUGACCAUAUCAACCCUUAUAAUCGUAUAUAUGUUCUACUGCGCAUACUCAACAGUCUUAAAAAUCAGACUACUUAAUCUAUACUACCUUGCGCCUCACCAUCAAACAAAUGAGUACAGUCUCAUUUUCUCCGGUAUGAUGGUGUCCAGGCUCACGCCCGCUAUGUGUCUAAACUUUUUGAGUUUGAUACAUAUGGACUCGCAUGUUAUCAAGGAACAUGUUAUGGAGACACACUAUACUCAGGUGAUGGGCCACAUGGACGUCUUGGGCAUAAUAGCGGAAGGAUUCAACAUAUACUUCCCAAUGCUGGUGGUGUUUCUGUGCGUGGCCACGUAUCUAUCAUUAGGCAGCCGGCUCCUUUCGCUAUGCGGCUUCCAGCAGUUCGUUGGCGACGACGAAUUGACCACCGAUUUGGUGGAUGAAGGAAGGGAGAUUAUCAAACGAGAGAAACGAAAACGUCAACGCGCCGAAGAGAGUAUGAUGCGGCGGCGCGACUACAGCGAGCGAUACUCCAACUACCGCGCGCAGAGAGACGACGGAGCCCGCACCGGGCUCCUGAACGACGUCGACUCAGAUUACUACGUCACCCCAAGCCCAGAGCGUUCACACGCAAACGCCGCCGGCUACCAACGGGCGGAAUUACCCUAUAACCAAACGCUGGAGGACGACCUAGACCAACGAUUUGGUGAGAGCACCCUACCUUCGAUCAGAACAGAUUUUGAGGGUAGAAGAGACAAAAUGACUAUGCCACCUAAAGGGAAACAACGACGGCACCACAUACGCUGAAACCUGAGACAACAUAGAAAAGUUAUUUUUUCUACAUCGACAUGAUGAAAAUCGGCGUACAAGACACUCGACCACGAAUGCGUCAAAUUGUUGCCACUGAAUCUUCUUGUUUUUAUUUAGGUCAUCAUCAAGAGAUAUGAAUCUCUUUGCAGUUGAAAUGUUAAGGACUUUUAACAACAAGGUGACUCACGAGAAAAGGAAAAUUCCUAGGUGAGCUGCGGGAAGAAAUAAUUGCUCGUGGUCCACUGAGGAAAACCAGAUAGGUGGUCCACAAGCAAGAAGCGAUUAUAAAUCUAAUAAUUCCUAAACAAGGAUAUUUGUAUUCGAAUGCAUUCGGUAAUCCGGACAUUACCUAAAAAUAUCGCACCUUUAAUGUAGUAAAGGCCACAUUUGAAUAGUUUAAAGAUUCUAACAACAAAAUUAUAUUAUAUAAGUUUUUAUGCUUAAAUGGACAGUUAUAAAAAUUUAAAAUUUCACAUGUACAUAAUUUGUUACUGUUAUUUUAUGACUAUGGACUUCUAUUCGUUUUAUCACUUUUGUGUGAUAAAAUAACUUUUAACGUAUCACACGUGGCUUUAUCAUACAAGGGUACGAAUAAAAUAGUUGUACUGUAAUUACAUAACAUUUUAUGUGUACGAAUUUUUAUAUUGUUUAUAUAAUUUCCCACGAUAUAUUUUUAUAAAGCUUAUCAUCUACGUUCAAAUGAUAAUAUAUUAU